AGGGGGGCGCUAGGUGCAGCUGUUUGGGGGCAAAUAAGCCGGGUGGGUUUGUCCGUAUACCGCGGCGAGGCGCUGGGGCGAAUUGGAGAUUCUGCCAGCCAGUGAUAGCUGAAGAUUCCAAGAGCAGGGAGGACGGGAUGGAGGAGAUUCGAGGCCUGCUGGGAACCGGACUUCUCAAAGGCAAAUAUGUCUGGAAGACUGUGGUGCAAGGCCAUUUUUGCUGGCUAUAAGCGAGGUCUCCGGAACCAGAGGGAACACACAGCUCUUCUUAAAAUUGAAGGUGUUUAUGCCCGCGAUGAAACUGAAUUCUACUUGGGCAAGAGAUGUGCUUAUGUCUACAAAGCGAAAAACAACACAGUGACUCCAGGUGGCAAACCAAACAAAACCAGAGUGAUCUGGGGAAAGGUAACUCGGGCCCAUGGAAACAGCGGCAUGGUUCGUGCCAAGUUCCGAAGCAACCUUCCUGCUAAGGCCAUUGGACACCGAAUCCGUGUGAUGCUGUACCCCUCAAGGAUUUAACUAAUGGAAAAUAAAAGUGGAUUUGUGCUCUGGUA